GGACAGAACAGCACAGGGAUCCCCACUCCACUCUCCCAGGGCUGAGCUAUGACUCUCCAUUGAGUCCCAGCACUCCUGCGCCUGCAGCAGGGCUGUGUCCUCUACUAGUCUUGCUGCACAGCCCCAGGUCAACACAGGUGGUCCCAAUAAAGUGAUCCUACACGGAUUAGAGCCUUCACAUACCCUCAUUUUCCCAGCUGGUUUUGGCCAUAGAACACAACAAAAGCAUCGAAAGCUCAGUGUUAUCUCUGCAGAUAAGGAGGAAGCAGCAGCUGGACCCUCAGGGGCCCCUGCCCAAGGUUUCGCAUCAUAGGGUCCAACAGGAGCAGUGGAUGAAAUCUGAGAGCCAGGACCUGUGUGCAUUCUCUGCCAUCUGCCAACGGUGACGUGCACGUCCCUGAGUGCUGAGCCCUGUGCAUCCCACCCCAUCGCCCCAGAAUCAAGCGGGUCUCUCCCGGCCCCCCGGCACCUUCUGGUCACCUCCUAAAUGCCCUGCAGAGCCUCACAGUGACCCGGGACACCCCCUGGUACUUCGAGGACAACCCCUGGCGGCGCCACGACCCCCCUCGGUGCACCAAGGACCCCCUUCAGUCCUUCCAGAUGGCCCCCGCGGCCCACAGCUCCCUCAGUCGCCCCGAGACCCUUCUGUCCCCGCUCCGCCCCGCACUCCUCACGGGAGGCGGCCCGUCCCGUCCCGUUCCGCCCCGUUCCGCGGCCGUGGGUGAGUCACACGCCGGGCGGGGGAUGCGGCGCGGAGCUGAGCAGCGGAGGGAGCAGAGCCAUGGCCCCGCUGCUCGCCGUCCUCCGGCUGCUGCUGGGGCUGCUGCUGGGCCGCGGAGUCGGCGCGGGGCUGCGGGAGGAGCUGGCCCACGUCGAGCGGUACGAGACGACGGUGCCGUGGCGCGUACCGGUGCCCCGGGCAAAGAGGGAUCUCUCCGUGUCACCGAGCACCUACCUAGAACGUGUCCUCUACAGUGUCCGUGCUGAGGGCAGGGACUACCUGCUGCACCUGAAAAAGAACAGGGAGCUGCUGGGACAGCAUUACACUGAGACGCAUUAUCUGGCUGACGGCACUGAGGUCACGGUGAAGCCAGAUGUCCAGGACCACUGCUUUUACCAAGGCCAUGUUGAGGGGCAUGCCAACUCUGCAGCAAGCAUCAGCACCUGUAGUGGGCUCAGUGGCUUUUUCCGGGUGAAUGAGACCAUCUUCCUGCUGAAACCUCUGGAUGAGCAUGAGGAUGGCCAGCAUGCAGUGUACAGAGCAUCCCACCUGCGCAUGAAACGCAUUGCCUGCCUGGAGGCUGCAUUGGAGUAUGACCACGACCCCAAGAUUGCUGCACCCCUGAAGCUCUAUCACUGGAAAUCAACCCGCUUGCACAGAGGGCCUCGAUAUGUGGAGCUGGUCCUGGUUGUGGACAAUGAGGAGUUCAGGAAGUACAAGGACUUGCGCAGGGUGCAGAACCGCAUGAAGGAAAUCGUCAACCAUGUUGACAAGCUUUAUCAACCUCUUGGCUUGCGUGUGGCCUUGACUGGCUUAGAGGUGUGGAGCAACAAGGACAAAAUCACUGUCAGUCGCAAGGCAGAGGAGACUCUGGAGAACUUCCUUCGCUGGCGGGAGACAGACCUACUGAAGAGGAAGCAGCACGACAAUGUCCAGCUGAUCACGGGUAUAGACUUCCAUGACACAACCGUAGGGCUGGCAAAGAAGCUUGCUAUGUGCACCAGGGACUCGGGCGGUGUCAAUCAGGACCACAGCAUGGAUCCUAUUGGUGCUGCAUCCACCAUGGCUCAUGAGAUGGGGCACAAUCUGGGAAUGUCUCAUGACGAAGACAUUGCUGACUGCCACUGUCCUGUCAGCAAAGAGAUUGGAGGAUGUGUUAUGGCAGCUAAGAUCAGCUUGGCUUACCCCAGACUCUUCAGCACCUGCAGUGAGCAGGACAUGUGGCAGUUCCUUGAAGACCCCAAGACUGGCUGCUUGCUGAAUGUCCCUGGAGCAGACGAGCUGUAUGGGGAGCCAGUGUGCGGGAACCAGUUUGUAGAGCGGGGAGAGGAGUGUGACUGUGGCAGACCAGAGGAGUGCUCUGACCGCUGCUGCAAUGCAACCACGUGCCAGCUGAGAGAGGGGGCUGAGUGUGCACGAGGCGACUGCUGCCAAGACUGCAAGGUGAAGGCUGCUGGUGUUCUGUGUCGGGCCAGCAAAAAUGACUGUGACCUUCCUGAGCACUGCGCUGGCCUCAGCUCCGAGUGUCCAGAGGACGUCUUCCAGGAGAAUGGCAUCCCCUGCCAGGGUGGCCGCGGCUACUGCUACAAUGGGGCCUGCCCCUCGCAUGCAGAGCAGUGCCGCCUGCUCUGGGGCGCAGCUGCUCAGGUGGCUCCUGAUGAAUGCUUCAAGCACAACAGCAGGCAGGAUCGCAACCUUCACUGCAUGACAGAGUCUGGGAGGAAGCCCUGCAGCCCCAAGGAUGUGAAGUGUGGCACGCUGCUAUGCAUGAGUGACACCAGCAGCCCUGCCCUUGGCAGCGGCUUCUUCAUACUCUCCUUUGGCCACUUCAAGUGUAAAGCAGCCCUUGAUAGCAAUGAUGCCAAUGAGAUGACAGGCAGCCUCCAGCUGGUGCCCACUGGCACCAAGUGUGGAGAAGAGAUGGUCUGCUAUGCUGGGCGCUGCCAGAACCUCCUGGUCUAUGGCAACAAGAACUGCUCAGCUAAGUGCAGUGGCCAUGGGGUGUGCAAUCACAAACGGGAGUGCCACUGUGAGCUGGAGUGGGCACCACCGUACUGCCAGCACAAAGUUUUGGAGCUCACGGCAGGUGGCAGCAGCACGGUCCUGGCAGCUGUGCUGGCUGUGCUGGUGCUGUCCAGUAUCCUGAUCGGUGGAGGCACUGUGCUGCUCAGAGGCAAGGGGAAGAAGUACUUUCAGAAAGGGAGGAUCUCCAGCAGACCUGCCACCGGCCUCACCAACCCGCUCUUUCAGGAAGGCACCAGGCCACACCAGCUGUCCCGCUGCGCCAUCGGCAGCCCCAGGCUGCUCAGUACUAUGGCAGCCUCACGCAAUGCCCGGCCCCUUGUGCCCAGCUGCCCUCUCCUGCAGGAGAAGCCGAAGCCACCCACCAAGCCUUUGCCAGCUCUGAAGACCAAGCAGGUAGCUACCACCUGCCCCAAGGUGCUGUUGCUGGGAGCGAGUUCUGGCUGGUGCCGCAUGGGCAGCCACCUCACUUCUCUCACCCCUUGCCACCCUUACCAGCCCUGCAAUAUGGCAGCAGGAGAACCGCUGCCACCAGCUCCACCUGCCAAGCCCCUGGCACUUUCAUUCUAGCCAUGUGCCAUCCCAGUCCUGCCCCAGCGAGGAUUCCCCCCCAAGGUGGCCCUGAAACCACCAGUAAGCAGGAGGUGAUGUAGGACAGCAAAGCUGUGGGUCCUGGCACUUCAGCAGGAUGGCAGGGGACCACAGAGCCACUGGUACUUGAAUUGCUCACCAGACUCCCUGGACAGCACCCAUGUUUACAGACAUUUUUGUGCCUUAAUUUACUUGCUAGCUUUAUAGGUUGUCUAGACAGCCAUAAGCUUGGGGACCAGGUAAAGGGACACUACCAAAACCACUCUUCCCCAUAGGAAACCCCCAAAGUGAUGUCUUCUGCUUUCCUCUUUGCCCCACUCCCUAAGUCCCUCCUGAUGCCUGCUCCAACUUAGAGGCCAGCCCCGAGCCUUUACUGGGUGCCCUGUGCCCUGCUACAGUGAAGGUGGCCUGCUCCUCAUACCCUGUCCCUGCUGGGGCUGCAGCAAGGAGCUCCUGGCUCCAAGACAGGUGACACAAGGAUGCUGUGCUUGCCCUGCAUCAAGCUAGGCCUGGCUUCACAGCAGCAGUCCUCCUCAUCUGGUUCUUCACUCUGAAGUUAUCACUCAGGCUCCUGCUCUUCUGAAAUAUGAAUUUCCAGGAGCAUUUUACUACAGCCAGCAGUUAAUUUCUGAUUGUUGUGUGACUGUUUUGAGCCCUUUGCUGUGGAACUGGUCCUCCUCACUUUUUAUCUAAUGUAGGUCAAAUACUUUAUACAAAUAAAGACUGAAGAUAGCA